AUGUCUCUAGCUGAAUUUGAUGAGAUUAAAUAUGAUCACAGUUGUGAUAGAUUGGACAAGCCAUCUCGUUAUUUGAUACGUAAGGCUAAACGUGACCCAGAAUCUGGACUCCAACAGUUGAGAAAGUCCAUGAAGUCAUGUACUGUAUAUGUUGGUAACCUAUCUUUCUACACUAGUGAGGAACAGAUCUAUGAAUUAUUCUCUAAAUGUGGUACUAUUAAGAAGAUUAUCAUGGGUCUAGAUAGAUUUAAGUUUACACCAUGCGGUUUCUGUUUUAUAAUAUUCGAGAAGAUGGAAGAUGCGCUAAAUUCGAUUAAAUACCUGAGUGAUACCAAGCUAGAUGACCGUGAAAUCACCAUUGAUUUGGACCCUGGUUUCGAGGAAGGAAGACAAUUCGGUAGAGGUAAGAGUGGUGGCCAAGUCAGCGACGAAAUGAGAUUCGAGUUUGAUGCUUCUAGAGGUGGUUUCUACACUCCUCUUGAAAACAGAAUUGGAACUAACGCCAAUUUCGGUGCAAGAAGGGUAAAAAACAUCCCUGAACAACAAGAAGAUGAUAUAGUAGACGAGGAUGAAGACGCAUACAUUCCCGGUCAAUGA